AUGAAUGAUAUUCCCACCAUCUCUCCUCUAGAUUUCGCGUGCCAGUUUGGGGAAACCCUCAAGGAGCAGGGUCAGAGCCCGGCUGUGCUGUCCGUGCAGGCUGCCGAGGAGAAAGGCCGGCCUCAGGACCGUCUGACGGCCUCCCCCGGCCCAGCCCUUCGGCGGAGAGGUGGACGGGAAAUCAAGGCUGGCCUGAAAGCGGGGCCAGAUGAAAACCUGCGCCCUGCUGCCUGCACUGGCUGGCACGUGCGCCAUAAGUUCACCACCGAGGCUCUAGGCUACGGCCAGCCAGAUUUUUCUUUGCAUAGAGGAAAUGAAACACAUGUGUCUUUGACAAGAUUUACAUGGAAAUGUCUUUUGUAAUUUGUGUGUGUUUUAGGGGCAACUUUGAACUCCCUCCUGGGGCCGAGAUUUUUGGUUUAUGUCAGCUGUGCACUUUCUAUAUGGGGGGACCGAAUGUGGCACUUUGCUCUGUCCGUGUUCCUGAUAGAGUUAUAUGGGCGCAACCUUCUCCUGACAGCAGUUUUUGGCUUAGUGGUGGCUGGAUCUGUGUUGGUAUUUGGGGUCUUAAUUGGAGAUUGGAUCGACAGAAAACCAAGAAAUAAAGUUGCCCAUGCAUCCCUAUUUCUUCAGAACUCCUCCGUCACUGCCUGCUGUGUAGUGCUAAUGUUGGUGUUCUCCUACAAGAGUGAGAUCGAGCGCAUCGGGCAGGGCUGGCUCAUGGUGGCCUGCUAUGUGGCAGUGAUCAUCUUAGCAGAUCUGGCCAACCUGGCCAGCACAGCCCUCACCAUCACCAUCCAGAGGGACUGGAUCGUGGUCAUCACGGGAGACAACAGAAGCCAGCUGGCUGGGAUGAAUGCAAUGAUUAGAAGGAUGGACCAGAUCAUCAACAUCUUCGCCCCUCUCUCCGUGGGACAGGUGAUGACGUGGGCGUCCAACGUCAUUGGUUGUGGCUUCAUCCUGGGAUGGAACUUGGUGUCUCUGCUGGUUGAGUUCCUUUUUCUGUCUAAGGUUUAUCAACUAGUGCCUCAAUUGGCUGCCAAACCCCGGCGGUACACAGGGGACAGCUUCCUCAAAAGGCAGCUGGAGCUCAUCAGUUCUCAAGGGGAAAUUCACUCUUGUCCAACCAUCGAUGAGUUUGCCAACGUGCCCAAGGAAGGCCCGGAGGACCGUCCAUCUCUGGAAGCCCAGCCGGACAUGACUUCCGGGUUUCCUCUUGGCCUUAGAAAGAUGCGGAGGCUAGUCCGGACGUGCUGCGAUGGCUGGAAGACAUACUGCAGGCAGACCGUCUUCUUGGCAGGCUUGGGCUUGGCCUUCCUGUACACGACCGUGCUGGGCUUCGACUGUAUCACCACCGGCUACGCCUACACGCAGGGGAUCGGCGGCUCCCUCCUCAGCCUCCUUAUGGCCAUCUCGGCCUUCUCGGGGCUGGUGGGCACGCUGCUCUUCACCAGGCUGAGACGCUCCUACGGCUUGGUCCACACCGGCAUCAUCUCCAGCUGCCUCCACAUAGUCUGCCUGCUGCUCUGUGUGUUUUCUGUCUUUGCGCCCGGGAGUCCCUUCGACUUGGGCAUCUUCUCUCUGCCGCUAAGCCACAACUCUUCCUUACGGCACGAGCUGCCCCAAGAGGAGCCGAUGCGGGUUUCUCCUUUGGAAAGAAACGUUAACCAGCCCAUCCUUCCCGGCCGCUCCACCAUCCACUGGACCAACAACACCGUCCUGAUGGAUGGCGCCCAGGAGAGCAAGCAGCCCGAGUCGUACAUCUCCAUCAUCCUGCUCUUUUCGGGCGUGAUCCUGGCCAGAAUCGGUCUCUGGUCCUUCGACCUCACUGUCACUCAGCUCCUUCAGGAAAACAUUGCGGAUUCUGAACGUGGCACUGUGAAUGGUGUGCAGUGCUCCAUGAACUACCUAAUGGACCUUAUCCAUUUCAUUCUUGUCAUCCUGGCCCCCGCCCCUCAACAGUUUGGGCUUCUGGUGUUCAUUUCCAUCCUCUUUGUGAUAAUAGGGCACACCAUGUAUUUUGUUUACGCACGGAGAUUCAGGAAUCAAAAUCUACCUACCCAGAAAACACCAAAGAAGGACAGAGAGGCUUUUUUAACUUGA